AUGCAUAGUAGAAAGGGCUCGUAUGGCUACUUGCCGUACAGAUCGAAGGUGCAGGUGAGGUGGCUUGGUCUCGUUUGCGUUGUCUUGGUUACGUUGGUCCUAUUCUUUCUUACAGAGGCAAACUUCUGGAUUCUGCCGCGCCCACCACGCUUUCCAUCUUCGCAAACCUCGUGUCCAGCGUCACCGCCGUCACCGUCAAUCCUAUCUCAACCACACGAUCGAUUCAGUUGGAGGAACGUAACUCAGCACCAUGGAGUUGCAACGCUGGCACAGCUGCCCUCCUCUUCGAACACUAAGACACCGCAAGUACAAUUCGACUUCAAGCAAGAGGAGCCACCUCUUUAUCAUGAGCUCAUGCGCAAGCGUCGGCAAGCUGCAGUCAAGACGACAUUCGAAAGGUGCUGGCACGCUUACAAAGAGCACGCUUGGAAACAAGACGAGCUGCUGCCUAUUUCGGGAGGAUCGAAAACAACAUUUGGUGGCUGGGGUGCAACCCUCGUCGAUAGUCUGGAUACACUCUGGAUCAUGGAUAUGAAGGCCGAGUUUCAGGAAGCUGUUGAAGCGGUCAAUGACAUAGACUUUGCGCCUGGAGACGGGGAGCUCAACAUGUUCGAAACGACUAUCCGCUAUCUUGGAGGCCUGCUUGCUGCAUACGAUCUCACGGACUGCAAAGACAGUAGACUACUUGAGAAAGCAAUGGAGUUGGGUGACAUGAUCUACAUGAGUUUCGACACUCCAAAUCGCAUGCCGAUCACACGCUGGAGCGCUAAGAGGGCCGCGGCCGGGGAAGAGCAAUCCGCAGCAUCUCAGGGCAUCAUCGCAGAACUCGCCUCCUUCAGCCUCGAAUUCACACGUCUCUCUCAACUUACAGGCGACAUGCGCUAUUACGAUGCCGUAACUCGCGUCACAACCAUCCUUGCAGACCAGCAAAAUCGUACCAACAUCCCAGGUCUAUGGCCUGUAGGCAUCAAUGUUCAGAAGCCGGACCUCACUCGCGAUAACCUUUUCAGCCUUGGCGCAAUGGCAGAUUCUGCCUACGAAUAUAUCGGCAAGACUUUCCAGCUCCUACACAAGACCGGCUCAACCGCCUCUCAAUACGCUACAAUGUAUACGGCCGCCAUGGAAGCAGUGAUAACGCACCUCCUCUUCCGUCCCCGCACGCCCGACAACGCAGACAUCCUAAUGCCAGCAGCCGUCCGCAUCGACGCUUCUGGCAUUACUACACACGACUACACCGCUCAACACCUGGUCUGUUUUGUUGGCGGCAUGCUUGCGCUUGGUUCCAAGCUCUUUGGAAACGUAUCCCACCUCGACUAUGGCCGUAGAGUGACGGACGCAUGCGUUUGGAGCUACACGCACGCGCCAAAUGGUGUCAUGCCAGAGAUGUUCCGUAUGACACCCUGUCCUACGCAUGAGCCGUGUGAGUUCGAUGAAGCGACCAGCCAAAAGCAGCAGUUUCCAGGUUUUGAGCGCGUGGUGGAUGCGCGGUACAUGUUGAGGCCCGAGGCGAUUGAAAGCGUGUUUUACAUGUACCGGAUAACAGGGGAGAGGAGGUAUCAGGACAUCGCAUGGAGCAUGUUUGAUGCAAUUGAGAGGCGGACCAGAACAGGGAUGGCGAAUGCAGCCAUAAGAGACGUGACGCGAAAGAUGGAAGGGAAGGAGGCAAGUGAGCUGAAGAGGGGCGUGGGUGCUAGGGACGACGAGAGCGAGCUGGAGUUGGAAGACAGUAUGGAGAGCUUCUGGAUGGCCGAGACGCUGAAGUACUUUUAUUUGAUUUUCAGCGAGCCGGAUUUGUUGAGUCUGGAUGAGUGGGUGUUCAAUACCGAGGCACAUCCUUUCAGGGUGGGCGUUUAG